GCGCAGUGAGGGGUUAGAGGUCUUUCCCGGCAGCGAUGGCGGAAGAGAGGACCCGCAGCGGCUCCAAGGCCAGGAGGCAGCGCCGGCGCCCGGGUAAUAAACAACCCAGUGUCCUGACAAAUGAAGAUGCUGCACAAAGGAAAGCAGCACUUGAAGCUGCUAUUCGAAAGAAGAUUGCGCAUGAGCGAAAAGCCUUGAAGGUGGUUGAACGCCUCUUAGAAGACGAUAUCACUGAAGAAUUCCUCACAAAUUGUGGGAAGUUCAUUACACCUUCUCACUAUAAAGAUGUUGUGGAAGAGCGGUUUAUCGUCAAACUGUGUGGCUACCCCAUCUGUCGAAAUAGGCUGCAGAAUGUGCCAAAGCAAAAGUACAAAAUUUCGACAAAAACAAACAAAGUUUAUGAUAUUACUGAAAGAAAGUGUUUUUGCAGCAACUUCUGUUACAAAGCAUCAAAAUACUUUGAAGGUCAAAUUUCCCAAAGUCCAGUGUGGCUGCGAGAUGAAGAAAGACCACCAGACAUCGAAUUACUAAAAGAAGGAGCAAGGGGUGGUGCUGGGAAGGAAGUAAAACUGGUUACUGAAGGCGUUUCAACUUUAGACAUUGACAAUCCUGUCCCAGCGGCUGUCCAAGUCGACUCUAGCACAGAAAGUGAGAGUGGCAGCAGCGAUGCUGAGCAAGAAUUUGUUUCCUCCAUUCUGCAAGGAACAAAGAAGGAAACUCUGAAGGUACCCAGAAAGAGUAUCCUCAAAAAGAAGCCGGCUGAAAGAGUCCAGUCUGGGCCUAUCGCUAUUGAAAAUCCAGUUAACAAGGCAGCAGAGCAGCUCAGCAAAUGCACUUUGGAUGGCCCAGAAGAGAAACACAUUGUUCCUAAUCAAUCACAGACUGGAAAACCUGAUACUUCUGCAUAUAGUCUAAUUCCUGAAACUGUUCCCACCUCAGAUGGCUGUGGAAGCAACUGUGAAGGUUCGCAGGUGGUUUUCCUGGGUAUGAGCCAAAAGGGGACAGAGCGAUUUAAAAGGCUGCUUGCUAAAUCAAAGCAGCCUGGCAACCCUGAGCUAAAAGGCCCUGUGGACUCUCUGGCUGCCAAAGAGUGUUUGCUAGAAAAUCUCAGGCAAACAUUUAGUGAAUGGAAGACUGGGGAGACAUUGAAACUGCUUUAUGGCUCCAGCUUUGUAGGUACCUGCAUGCCACAGGAGCAGACUCCACCAACCGAUCGUGAACAGGAAGAACUUGAUGAGGAUGAUUUGGAUAGUUCUGAGGAAACUAAUGCUGCUGCUAGCAUAAUAGAUGAUCUGAACUCUUUGAACAAGCCUGCGCCUUUCAGGAACCCCAGGACACCAGCCAAACUUGUGCCUAGCUUUGAAAAACUGAAAGAAGAGACAUCGCAGCUAGAACUGAAAGUCAAGGAGUUCUACCAAGGAAAGUUCACCGUUGCAGAAGAAGAACUGACAAUGGAGUCAGGAGGAGAGCAGCUAUCUAGCAAAGAUCAAGAUGGCCAGCAGUGGACUCCAGUUUUUCCACUUGUGGAUUCUAAAGCUCAGCAGCAGAUUCGGACACAAAUUGUACUUGAAAAGCUGCGAAAGGCCUUGCCUGCUGUUUUGGGUCCUCUUCAGAUUCCUCUUGGAGAUGCCUACAAGGAACUUAAGGGACUUAUUAAAACAUUCAGGUUAACAAAUACAAACAUUAUCCACAAAAUGCCAGUCUGGACCCUGAUUGCCAUUGUGUUGUUAUCUGUGUUGUCAGAACAUAUCCCUAUCUUUGCAAAUUGCCAGCAGAGUCGAGGAUAUACACAGUUCCUGGCUACUUUGCUUGAAGAAUUACAUUUCAAACAUGAAGACUUAGAAAGCCUGACAAGAAUAUUUAAAAGUGAUUAUCUUACUUACUGAGUAAGAUGUUAGGCAAAACCUCCUGAAGAAGAUUGAACGGACACUAUUGGUGGCUAGAAGACUGAAUUUUGAUACAUGAUACAGGGUGAAAAAUUAAAACUCAUUGGACUAUUAUCAGCUGUUUCCUAUGAAUAAGUGCUGUAGGUGUUUUCCGAAAAUGGAGGUUAAUAAUCCAUUAUGGAAUUUAUCAAGCCAAACUGAAGUUCUGUCAUGGAAAAAAAAAUCACCUUAAAAUACUGCAAGAAUAUUAAAUGCUUUUCUCAUUUGUAUAGGUGAUCCACACAAAGUUUUAAACAUAAAGAUCGAACCGCUUUCCAGUAGUUUCAGCAAGUUGCACUAAUGGAAUGCCAAAGGGUUAUAUGUCUGUAUCUUUUGCUUUUCAUAAUAAAAUUGUAAUAAAAUUAUAUCACUCAGUGUUUGGAAAA